GUCUCGGUUAAUGUCAAUUUAUCGCAAUUGCAUCUCUACUUGGCCUUUGUCUUCCUCGUCGUCCUUUUCUGCACGUGAUCGUCGUCCUCGUCGUCGCGUGAGCGGUGACGCAAAUGCAAAUCAUGAUGCGGGUCAGUGUCAGAUUUAUUGCCCCUUAUCUCCAUGCGCCAGCGCUUAAUUAGUCCCUGUCAGUACGGCGCUGGAAUCCCGAGCUCUUAUUUACUGGUGAUUCCACGUGGUUCCUGUUUAAUUGUUUUUCUCAAACCAGUGUCCAUGGACCAUUGCUUUGCCAACCGAUCAUUUUGAUUACUUUAUCAGAAGAAAGGCUCGUGAAUGUUCCUUCAGAUCCGCCCAUUCGAUUCGAAGCGAACAACCUCGAAACGAGCGAGUGCUGAAACUAACAGUGGGCUGGCCAGGAGGGAGGGAGAAAUUCAGGCUGUGAACUGCUGUUGGCCUUUUCCCUCCUUGAUCGAUCACAAUGGCCGAUGAGAAUAAACAGACCCUUCUGAGAAAAGCUUUUUAUGAAGACUGCCCAGGAUGCAAGGCAGAACAGCUUAAAGAGCUGGAGCGAGGUUUACCCAUUAAAAAGCUUUUCUGGAUAUGGAUGGUCGUGAUUUCCACAGCGCUGCCAAUAUCGUCACUUUUUCCAUUCCUUUAUUUCAUGAUAAGAGACUUUCAUAUCGCAGAAAGGGAAGAAGAUAUUAGUUACUAUGCAGGUUUUGUGGGGUCAUCUUUUAUGCUUGGAAGGGCUCUUACAUCUAUCUUUUGGGGAUCAGUGGCUGAUCGAUAUGGUCGAAAACCAGUUAUAAUUAUGGGCACUUCGGCAGUGGUUAUUUUCAACACUCUGUUUGGUCUUAGUACGAACUUUUGGAUGGCUGUCUGUAUGAGGUUUCUUCUGGGGAGUUUAAAUGGUUUACUUGGGCCAAUAAAGGCAUAUGCAUGUGAAGUUCUACGUGGUGAGCACCUGGCUUUAGGACUUUCAACUAUUAGUACAGCAUGGGGAGCAGGUUUAAUCGUAGGUCCAGCUUUGGGAGGUUUCCUAGCUCAGCCUGCAGAGAAAUAUCCACAUAUAUUCUCCAGAGAUUCUGUAUUUGGAAGAUUUCCAUACUUCUUGCCCUGCCUCUGUAUAUCAGUUCUUGCAUUGGUGGUGGAUAUUGCCUGUUACUGGCUCCCGGAAACAUUGCACAAUCACAAUCGGAUCAGUAAAUCGUGUGAAGAUUCAUAUGACGCGUUAGAGGCUCCACCAUGUGGGUCAAAUGUGAGAGAGAAAGCAGAGGAAGGAGGAAAAUCUAUUUCUAAAAGAAGCUUGAUCAAGAACUGGCCCUUGAUGUCAUCAAUCAUAGUGUAUUGUGUCUUCUCCCUUCAUGACAUGGCUUACACAGAGAUAUUCUCAUUAUGGGCUGAGAGCCCCAGAAAGAAUGGGGGCUUGAGCUAUUCAACUGAUGAUGUUGGAACUGUUCUUUCAGUCACAGGGUUUGGGCUUUUAGUAUUUCAACUAACUUUAUAUCCAGUUGCGGAGAAGAUCCUUGGCACUGUGAUGGUAGCUCGCAUUGCUGGAGUUUUGGCUAUACCUUUACUGGCAUGUUACCCCUACAUGAACAAGCUAUCUGGAAUCAGCCUCUCGAUUUUGUUAAAUUGUGCAUCCAUUAUAAAGAAUAUGCUAUCUAUGUCCAUUAUUACCGGAAUGUUUAUAUUGCAGAAUAAUUCUGUGGACCAAGAUCAAAGAGGAGCUGCAAAUGGCAUAGCUAUGACCGCUAUGUCCCUUUCUAAAGCUGUAGGCCCAGCUGGUGGCGGAGCACUCUUGUCCUGGUCACAACAGCGACAAAACACAUCAUUCCUUCCAGGUGAUCAGAUGACCUUCUUCAUCUUGAAUGUAAUCGAGGCAAUUGGUGUCUUGAUGACAUUCAAACCAUUUCUAGUUCAAAGCCGGUAAUAAAGGAAGGGAUGAAGCUUUACCAAACUUCAGAUGACGCAAGUAUCGUCAACUUGAUUGUUUAACAAUGUAAUGUAUUGGUGUAUCCGAAAUAGGGGUAGUAGUAAAAUGGAAUUCCAAUUCUAUUUUUGAUUAAAAACAUUGAAUGAAACUGUACCUAAUUCAAGAUACAAAACUUCCAUUUAUUUCUGUAACAGUUCCUGUUUCAUAAGCAAUGAAUCAUUAAAUUUUCUAUUA